AUGCGUGACGGUCUGGUCCAGGAUAUGCGCGACUAUAUCGUCGCCAUCCAGACCCUUGGAUGUAGCGUCAAUUGGGAACACGGAUUGGCAGGAGCGAUCGAUACGGAUCCCGAGACGGGCAACAUGACCUUGUCAGACCGCUUCGCGAUUCACAUAUGUGACUUGUCGCACUGGUCCAUCAGCCAGAGAUUUGCCGACGUCUUUCCGGAGAUGCGAGGCUAUUACCAGGUCUCCGAGCAGGACACGAUCCCAGCGUCAAAGGUCGAUGUCGAAGGAUUUCUUGAACAGAGGGCUCAAAGGCGCCCUGGAUCCGACCAAAGGAACGCCGAUGGCUAA